ACAACCUUCCAUUGUAACGCGACCAUGAGGAUACGAUGUUAAGUGAUGUAAGUGGAUUGUUUGGUUCGAAGUACAUUGAAGGUUUUUGCUCCGAUAUCACUCGUGUGACCCUGGUAAGAUUCAAUUCAAUUCUAAGACAAUAGGAAGCUGCAUACGCUUCAAUAAGAUUGUGAUGUACUCUCUAGGAUCAGGCUCAAUUAUGUGAUGUCAUGAAAAUGUUCCGGUAUACCCAAAGAGAUAAAACAAAGGGCACCAACUCUCUAUGUUGUUUGUGCACAAAUAAAGCUUAGGUUCCUUCCCUUCUAAUAUGAUAAAGACAACUGAGGAGUUAGCGAGGGAGCUUAAGUCAAGCCUCAACAUGACAGCUCAGGAGUACUUCCAAAUGUUGACUCGAAACCUAAGCAGCUUCAAAUGGCGAUCUGUGGCCCUGGACACGUCCGAAGGGCUGCUGUGGGUCAUCCUGACUCCUCUGGUCUACUUCGUACUGGUCGGCGCCCUGAUGACCGCCCUGCUGGUUUACUACUGGCACGCCGAGGGGCGUGCUGAUGUCCCGGCUGCGUCCUGCGCCUCUGCAGCCAAUGGUCAGGCGACAACGGAGCUGAACUUGCCUACGGAGCUGGCUCGUACUUUUUUAAACAUUGACGGAGCCUCGCAGGUUCUAACUCGAUCUUCUAGUAUGUCCAAAGGAUCUGUUCGGUCUUUGGGAACUUUGACCGACCUUGACCUAAGUGUCACUACACCUCGUUCCUUCAACAACGUUGUCAAGUCUGCUAGUUCUGCUGUCCUGCACUGGUCACGGAAGAACGAAAUAGAAAUGGGGGUUAUCUCGGGGUCAGAUGGGCGACCGGAAAGGCUGACUGGAGAUGGUAAACAAGCGGCGGAGAAAUUCCCAGCCGACCCUGGCUCGUGCCGCUCCUCAAACGUGUCUGAUUUCCACAUGAACUAUCCUCCUCUGGCGGCUAAUGAGGUGUACAAGUUGGUCUGGGUGUCGGGCGAUGAAGUUCAGUCUGAUUUUGCCUUGGAUACAUGCAACUCGCUAACCAGUAGUGGUUCUCGCCCUUUUAACCCGGUGGGAUCCACAGGCACACAUAAGCAGACGACCACGAGGGAUCUGAACAGAUCGAAGCAUGUCAGAGAGAAACCCUCGAGGAAAAUGUUCUUGCGCGAGCAUCUGCUGAAAUAUGGCGCCAGGCUAAACAAGACUUCAUGCAAUGCAGACAGUUUGGCGACGAUGACUCGUGAAGAUCAGGCACAGCGCCACUACACCGAUCCGCCAGUGCGGCGUCACGAGAGUGAUCUCAUAUCUCCCAGGGCUAUUUCUGAUGGAUCAUACUUGGAAUAUGCGCACUGUUCUGACCCGGAUGUUCUCAAACUGGGUCAACCAUAUGACACAGCUAACGAUGAAAUAAUCCAAAACGGCAGACGACUAUUUUCAAGACAUUUAGAGCUCGAUCACGAAGCCUACACUAAUGAUGACCUAUAUAGUUCUGGCAAGGGAUCUUCCAACGACUUUUCAUGUGGUCCUGUGGACAUGUCCGACUAUCAGGACCUAGACUACUUCGAUACAUGCGAAGACCAGCUAUAUGCCGAAGAAUCUGAUUGGACAGCUUCAAGUGUUGGCCACCAAAGCUCGCUGUCUGAAGAUUUCGGUGCAGACGACAGUUCAGAACAAAGUCCAGCGUUGAGUCUCCCAAGUAGUAUAUAUAGAUUUCAUGCUAGCAAGAAAGGCGUGCAGUCAACUCCGCAAGCUCAUUACCCAUUCACCGAUACCCAGAGCGUGGCUUCGUUCGCGGGGAGAAGUGUCUGCAGCAAUGAAAUGGAAGAAGCGUCUCUCUAUCCCAACGCUGGCAGCGGAAGCCAGACGGGAACGACGCAGACGUCAAAGGUGAACUCCAUGGCUGACUCGUCUUUUGGCAACAAUACUCACAGUGCAGAAAUUAAACUCCACAAAGAAGAGCCGAAACAAAGCUUCCAGAAUAUAUCUUUACAUAAUCCAUGUUUUCAACACUCUUAUUUCCAGAAGUCAAAACUAAUUAAAACGACCGUCUUGAAAUCUGACUUAGAACAAGCAAACGAUAAAUCGCACUUGACAUUUUCAGAACCGGAAGGGGCGUGUUCGAUCAAAAGAAAAGGAGAAAGAAAGAAAAAACAUAAUCGGUUCUCAUUGGAUAUUCUGAAAUGUGGGCGUGUUACAGUGGAAGAACGUUUGCAAGAAUUUGGAUUUUUGAAAGCUAAGGGACGCAAGUAUUUCAUCAACCCCUCGCCUAGUCGUUUCUCUCGGCGAGGCCUCAACGGCUGCAGAAGUUCUGAUUGUUUUGACAACUCCAAAGACCCCGAGCCUGGGCUCCCUUCAGACGAAGAGAGCUUGACACAUAGGCAGCAGGAAGAGAAGCAUGUCGAAGGAUGUUCAGACUCGUUCUGCUACGGGAGCUACGGAAGUAAAACCUCGGGUCUGAUGGAUGUAGACAAACUCAAGGACAAUAUGCUGCGGGUCAUGAAACGCGACGAAGGCGGCGACAAUAACAACAACAACAUAACGUACAUCCGAGGCACCGCCGUUGAAGGCAGCGACCACAAGUACCACGUUUCGGGCGACUUUCGGGCAUCGAAGAAAAUUUUUGGCGAACGCUUAAGCCUGACCCAACACAAGUGUUCGGUCUUGGUGAAUCACUCGGUCAGUGUUGAGUUGUCGACAGAGGGACACUUGAUUGAGUCAAGUACAAAUGAUACUGAUUAUUUUCAAGGUCAUGAUAGACACACAUUUGACGUGGAUCAUAGUAAAGGCAACAUAGACCUAAGCACCAAGGACUCAUUGCAUGAUAUUUAUGUUUGGCAAGACGAGAAUGGACCUGCAAUGUCUACAACUACGAGACCAGUGGUCAGUUCGAUGUCUAGUCAGAGGUGUACCAUUGACAAAGACAGUGUUCAGCUCUUAUCUCGGACUAGCGACGUAAUCAAACCAAAGUGUAUAGGUCAUCAGUUCGCCAUUGACAGGAACCGAACCCAUGUCGUAUCACGGAUGAGCGAUGAGGUCAACACAACUGCGAAGCUGAGGCAGUUCUGCCUCAACCGUAUGUCCACUCUUGAUCUUAUCAGACUGACUGGUGGUCUGUCGGCGGACAGCGACUCUCAGGGAUCAGACUUCUUUUCAAAGCAGCAUCCAUCCCUGAUGACGCCACCCACGCCUGACACCAAUGAUGAACACAUGUUUACCAUAUCCUCACACCACAAGUACACAUCUACCCCGCUUUAUAGGCAAUAAAGCAUCACCUCAUGUACACAUCUACCCCCCGCUUUAUAGGCAAUAAAGCAGCAUCACAAGUACACAUCUACCCCGCUUUAUAGGCAAUAAAGCAUCACCACAUGUACGCAUGUACUCCGCUUUAUGGGCAGUAAAGCAUCACCUCAUGUACACAUCUACCCCCCGCUUUAUAGGCAAUAAAGCAGCAUCACAAGUACACAUCUACCCCGCUUUAUAGGCAAUAAAGCAUCACCACAUGUACGCAUGUACUCCGCUUUAUGGGCAGUAAAGCAUCACCUCAUGUACACAUCUACCCCCCGCUUUAUAGGCAAUAAGCAUCACCACAUGUACACAUCUACCCCCCGCUUUAUAGGCUAUAAAGCAGCACCACAAGUACACAUCUACCCCGCUUUAUAGGAAAUAAAGCGCUUCGUACACAAACAUACUCUUACAUCGGAAAUAAGUGGAGUUUAAUGAUAUUUAGCUAUUAAUAAACUUAAGAUUGUUGACCAAAAUGAGCAGAUAAAACCCCACAUUGACCACUACGAUGGACUGACUUAGAAGACAAUGAUGACUGACAGUGAGAUUUAGAUUGGCUGACAUUGACUUUGACUGCAAUACUGACAUUGACUUUGACUGCAAUACUGACAUUGACCUUUACGAUGGGCUGACAAAAGCACUAUAAUUGACUUAUAAUAAUAAUCAUGUGGACUACUAGAAAUAAUUGACAUUUUCUAUUACUGACCUUUCAAAUCACCUUUUUUUUACCAUUUUAUAGACCGUCAUUUAACUCUGCAAAGUAUUUUGGUAUUAGACAGUUAUCCGUGUUGUAACGUUAUCUCUAAAAUGUGUCCAUUCCAAUUAUUUUGUAAGCUUAACGUAACCAAGAGCUGACUCUGACAUAUCUCUGACCUCGUUGACCACCUGUGUGUUCAGUUGACCACAAUAAUAUAAACAAUAAAUAGGUAUCUAGUAUAUUAUAUUUACCAGUAGUUUUGUUCGAACGAUGCCUGAACGGAUUGUGUUACUCUUUGUGAGUAUUGACUUGCUUUCAAGAAUUGUUUGGUUUUAAUACAUUGUGUAAAAUGGAACAAGUCUUUUGCCUCUUGUGUGAUUUAAAAGCCUGAAAGAAUUUGUUUAUAUAUUCUGUACACUACGUGUGUCAAACUAUAUAAAUUCGUUUAUUACUUAUGUCAAUAAUAUGUUU